GCUCGCGAAUGCAACUCUGCUGAAGCGCGUCCGCGUCGCGUUGUAAUUUUUGUUGAGUUUUUAAACUAAUUUUAAUUUGCAUUUGCGUGUCUUACUAAUUAGAAAACAAUGUGUUAAGUGUUCCCCAUUCGCGAAGCAAGUCGAAUAGAUCCGAAAAUGGGUGCCUCCACCAUCGACAGUGUGCGGGUGCUGCUGCAAUCGCUGCCCGCUGCCACCGCAAACAUCGCCGCUCUGCCGGCCGAUCAGCAGACGCCGGUGAAGAUUGGCCUUUCAGGGACGCCACUGCGCUCCAGGCAUCCCAGCCAGCUACAGGUGGUCCCGGAGAAGGUCGAGGAGAAGCCAGCGUCGCCUCCGGAGGAAUUCUGGAGGGAUCUGCAGCAGUUCCACGAACGCCGGGGCACUCCAUUGACGCAGCCGGCCAAGAUCAGUGGCAAGCAGGUCGACCUGUACAAGCUGUACAACGAGGUCACCGAACGCGGCGGCUUCAACAAGGUCAACAUGCGGGACGAGUGGGAGGAGGUGUACAGCGCCAUGGAGACGCUGCGGGAGCGCUGCGUGAACGGCACGGCGGCCAUCAAGCACAUCUACAGACGCUAUCUGGACAAGUACGAGCGCCUGAACUUCUUCGGCGAGGACCCGGACAAAAUGGAGGCCUUGGAGGCGGCCAUCGAGAACGCUGAGAUGGGCGGAGGACGGUCGCGGUCACGGUUUUUGGCCGGUGCCAGCGGUGGUCUGGGCAGUAUCUUCGGCUCAGCGCACUCUACGCUGCCGGCGGUGCCAAUGAGCUACAACCAGCGCCAGCACUCUGUUAAUGUGGAGCGAAGGCGACAGUACAAGAUGUCUACGCACCUGCAUCGACACAGCACCUACGAGAAGCUUCUGCUGUCCCUGCUCUCACCGCUGCCCAACGAACAAGACUUCGCCAUCAAUGUGUGCACAUUGAUGGCCAACGAGAUGCGCCACACGUUGCAGCUGUCCGAAUGUCCCAAACUGCUCGACGUGCUACUGGCUCACCUGGGUGUCUAUGCCGACUUCACCAUGCGUCAACUGUUCCAGCACAGUUACGCGGAGGUGCGACACCAUUCGCAGCUCAGCUUCUGGCGGGAUCUGCUUCACGAUAGGCCACAGAUUCUGGAGCUGUACACGGAUGAGCAGGCCUGGCUGGACAACGGUCUGAUAAGCAAGGAGGACACGGAGAACUCGGCGGCUCGCAGUGAACUGCUGGCGGCCUGCGACGAGUUGGACUUCCUCAACCUGCGCCGCAGCAACGGCACAGACGAACGCAUGGGACAGCGCGUGCUCCAGAUUGUCCAGCUAGUGCGUGCUCUUAGUUUCCACCAGGAAAACCACGCGCUCCUGGCCUCCAACCGCACAUUGUGGCGAUAUCUGGUCAUGGGCGCGAACGUGCGAUGGAGCAACAUCCACAUCCAGGCUCUUGAAACAGCCGGCAACCUGGCUCAACAGUUUGAACUUCUCGAUCCCACCACUGACGAGCUGUCGCGGAAUCUUCUGGCCACCCUCUGCGAGGGUGUCGACUCCAACGACCGGGCGGUGAUCAUUAGCUGCCUGGAGAUACUCUACAAGCUGUGCGGCCGCGAGGGAAAUUCACAGCAUAUCAACCGUUGCCUUGGCUUGGACUUUUACCAACGUGCCAUGCUGCUCCUCUCGCUCACUGACGUUAUGCUGAUAAUCUUUACUCUGGAGGCAGUAUACGCACUUAGUUCGCUGGGCGCCCGACCCUGCUCGAUGCUGAUGCAAGUGCGUGGCCUACUGGACCAGCUAGUGGCUCUAAUCACCGUAGAGGCACAGUCAUAUGGCGCCGACGGUUGCAUACUCAUGCGGGUGGUAGAGGUUGUGCCGGGCAACAUGAUCGCCUCGAUGGCUCAGAACAUGCCUGCUUUGCAGGCUCCCGCUUCGGCCACUUCCAUCACGACACUCCCAACAUCCCUGCAAGUAGCGGUCAAGCCACCAGCCGUUUUGCCUACGCCGACGCCAGCCCAGACGCAGGUGCUCCUGCCCCAGGGAGAGCAGCAGAGUUUGGUUACGGUUCCGAUUCCCGGUCUGUCGGUGCCUAGUUUGCCACAGGUUAAUAUUCCCGUACCGAGUCUGCCACAGGUGCAAUUGCCUCCAAUCGCUGCCACUGUGUCGCUUCCCAGCCUGCCCUCUGUCUCCCAAAGUUUCACACACGAGGACGAACAGUACGCCUUGGCCUGGCUGGGAGCUACCUACGAGCGGGCAGGUAACGGCAACGAUCUGCGAGUGGAACAGGCGGAGCUGUACAGGAUCUACUUGUCCCAUUGCCAGAAGGCGGGCAAGCUUUCCGUGGUAAAUCACAUGCAAUUCCCUCGUCUGGUUCGGCUUAUAUUUAACCAAUCGGUGGGACCGGUGAUCGUACGGCAGAUGGACGGAACGGAGCUGCCUGGGACUUACUAUGUAGGGAUUCGGAUGCGAGCGCAGCCGCUAGCCAUGCAACAGAGGCCUGCCACCAACAUUAUUCCUAUCAAAAAGGAGACUCCCAUAUUGCCCAAGCCAUCGUCAAGUGAUCCUGCUCAAACGGAGGUACCGACUGAAGAAUCUGCUUCGUCUGCUGUCACGCCACCUCCAAGCUCAUCGCUGAUAAAAAGCCUGUUGGCCAACAAGGUCACUGAGCGCCAGCAGAAGCAGAAGGCCCAGGCUCAGACGCCACAGCCGCCAGCCCUGGUGGCCACCACAGCGUCGGCCACAAAUGCCACCCAGCCUAUCAAGGUAACUUCGACAGCUAUAAGCGCCUUCGUGAACAACCCGCUGAUGCAGCACACACCGGUGAAGGUGGGGCAAACCACCAUUAAGCCGCUGCAUCCCCAGAUGGCCAUUGAAAAGAAGCCAAUCACGGACUCGGCUCCGCCGCCACUCGCUCCUUUGAGUGGCGCAAACGUGGUGACCAAGGACCCGAGCGGGCGCACCCUCAUCAUUGCAUCAGCCGCUGCCAAACGCAAAUUAACCAUCGACGAGGAACAGAAUAAGCGACUGGCCUUGGAUGCAGCCGCCAGUAGUUCUAGCUCGAAUUCUUCUUCUGCCGGAAAGGAAGAGACCCAGGUGACUCCCUCAAAGAAUGCGGCCAACCUCUACGCGGAUCUGGCUGCAUCUAUAUUGGAGGAUGAGGACAUGGAUGAUGUUCCACCGCUGGCCAAGUCAAGUCAGGAGCAACCCCAGCAGCAAUCGCAACAGCAACAGCAGCUACAACUUAUUCCGGCCAAGGUGCAACCGACGCAGCGACAGCUCGUCUUUCCCGCCAACAGUGUCGUUUCUCCAGCCCCGCCUCCGCAACUCAAACUGGCAACCACGGCCACCAUUAAGACGGAUCAGGGCCUGCAGACGGUUCCGGUGAUACUGCAACCCAAGUCCUCGAUGGAUGCCACGCCAGCGCAGCAGACGCAGUAUGUCCUGGCCACUAACCAGCAAGGUCAAACGUAUCUGGUGGCACAGCAAACGCAGCCAACAAUUCCUACAUCAACGCAAUCGGCUCCGCCCACAUUGCUUGUGACGCAAACGCCGCAACAACAGACGAAGACCAUAAUCAUCCUUCAGCAGCCAGGAGGCGUUUCCGCUGCCAAUGUGGCGGGAACGCAGAAAAUGAUAAUGACAACAGCGCAGGGCCAGCAGGUCCUGGUCACCACCACCACUGCUCCGCAACUGGCCCAGCCACGUACUGCUACGCCCCAGCAGCAAAUCUUUAUUGCCCCCCAGCGACCGGUGCCAGCGUUGGGUGCUGGCCAAAUGUCUCCCUCACUGCUGUCGCAGCUGAACCAGAUCCCGGCCACUAUCAAGCUUCACCAGCCGCAGCCCCAGCCACAGCUCGUCUCGUCGCAAUUAACACAACAGCAGCGGCUGGUGGCCACUAAGCCAGGCGCAGCGCUGCCCAUUCCUCAGCUCCAGCAGCACCAGUCCAUCAUCCAGCAGCACAUAAUCUCCGGCCCUGCCACACCGACUUCGGCUGGUGCCGUCCAAGCUCAAGGCGAGAAGAGGCAGGUUAUCCUUGGUGGAAUUAAGGAGACGCUUAUCACGCAGACCCCAGCCACUGCGGCUCCAUUGCAACAGAGCCAGCUCAACUCGCAGACGAUCAUCACCACACAGCCGCCCACCAGCUCAGCUACGGUUGGGGGCGUGGCUAUUCAGCAGCCGCAGCACAUGCGAACCGUGUUGGACCAGCAGCAGCCGCAUCAUCCAUCCAUCAUUCAACAGAAGAUUACCAUGCCGGCAAUUCCGGAUGCGACAAAGCCGAAAGUAGUAGCCGUUUCCGCUCCAGGAACUCCGCCGAGCACAGUGCUCGUCGCUAAGAAGCCGUUGCAGCCAUCUGUCACUCAGGCUGUGGUGGUGACACCGUCGGGAAUCUGUGAUUCAACGGAAGGCGUCAAAGUUAUUGUGACGGCAAGCAGCGAAGCUAAGCCAGCGGAGCACCAGGUGGUGGCCCAAACGACAAUUGGAUCAGCUGUUGUCACCACCGCUCCCAGCAGCAGUGCUUUGGUGGUCAGUCAAAGCGUCUAUGCGUCACCAGCUUCGAAUGGCAGUCCUACGCCUUCCGCUAUGCCCGUGGACGCGAACUGGUUGUUCAUCUGCGACUGGCGCAACUGUCCUCGCAAAAAAUUCAAGUCUCUUAACGAGCUCAAGUACCAUGUGUGCAAUGUCCACUGUCCGGAUCACCUGGACUCUGACGCCGACAUUUACUGUCAGUGGGGAAGUGGACCCACCUUUUGCGACAACAGGGCGCGCAAACGUUACUCACUGAUGACGCAUCUGAUCGACCGGCAUCUGACCACGGAGAAUCUGCGCGCCAGUGUGCAACGGCGCCUGGCCACCGGCAUUCAUAAUGUAGCGCCAACGCAGCCUCCCGUUACCAUAGUGCGUAACGAGGGACACGCCCAACGAUUGGCGGGACUGGCUACUGGUCCAUCCACGGGUCCUGCUCCAGCGACUCCUGUUGUGGGCAGCGCAGCAAUGCAAGCCAUGAGCCGGCACACAACCGAUUACACGAAUUCCAAGGAGUUUAUGGACGAAAACGAGGGUCCCGUCACCAAGAGCAUUCGACUGACGGCGGCGCUUAUUAUACGCAACCUUGUCACCUACUCGUCAACGGCCAAGCGAACCCUAAAGCGCUAUGAGCCCCACCUGGCCAAUGUGGCCUUAAGCAAUGUGGAGGCCAGCGGAGUGCUCUCCCACAUCAUGUACGAGCUGAGCCAGUAGCCGAUACCGCUAACCAUAAAAAUAAAUAAUUAAACUGACCUGUAAUAACGACACUAUAAAAUGUGAGAAAACAUACCUUAUUUGUCUAAAUGAAAGUAUUGCCAUUGUCGGGAAA